CAGAGCUAAAAUUCAUUUCACUGAAAUUGACGGAAACGCACAGCAAAAAGAUUUUUUCAGCUCGAAAAAGAAAAGGAUUAUUUAAUUAAUUAAGUGGGAAAAAAAAAUCAUGCAUUGUGCUGUAGCAGCAGUAAGCUCUCCGAUAUUCACGCCGUCGCCGAGAAAGAUGUCGCCGGUUUUCUGCAAGCCUGCCACCGCUCCGCCGCCGUUGUCAAUCUCUUCUUCGUCGUCGUUUUUGAUCAAACAAGUAGCGCAGACCUUGAAUGGAGGAGGAGCUGGAGAAGAAGAAGAGGGAGUAGUGCCGUCGAAGGCGUCGCCGCCCGUGUUGAAGCGGAAAAGGCCGGCGAGGAUUGAUAUUCCGGCCACAAGCUUAAGGAUAGAAGAAGCUAAAACGACGUCGAAUUUGGAUAGGUCGAGCGAGGUUGUGUUUGAAGGGGAGGGCUACUCGGUUUACUCCAAAAGAGGGAAAAGAGGUGGCGUUUUGGAAGAUCGAUACACAGCCGAUUUAGGCACUCAUGGGGAUUCUAAACAGGCAUUUUUUGGUGUAUUUGAUGGUCAUGGAGGAGCUGGAGCUGCAGAGUUUGCUUCAACCAGUUUAGAGAAGAACAUAAUGAACCAAGUGCUGAAGAGAGGCGAUGAGAUCGAGGAGGCUGUGAAGGAGGGUUAUCUGGCCACGGAUUCUGAGUUUUUGAAGAAAGAUAUCCGUGGUGGGACGUGUUGUGUGACAGCAUUGGUUCAUAAAGGAGAUCUCGUGGUCUCCAACACCGGUGACUGUCGUGCUGUGAUGAGCCGGGGAGGAGUUGCUGAAGCCCUCACUGUUGAUCACCGGCCUUCGUUGGAGGAAGAAAGAGAGAGAAUUGAGAGUCUGGGUGGCUAUGUGGACUGUUGCAACGGUGUUUGGAGAGUACAUGGAUCUCUUGCUGUAUCAAGGGCAAUCGGAGAUCGUCAUCUCAAGCAAUGGGUUGUAGCCGAGCCAGCAACUAAGAUGUUCAAGAUUAGACCAGAGUGCGAGUUCUUGAUCCUGGCCUCGGAUGGCCUAUGGGAUAACGUAAGCUUCAUCCCAUCAUCAUCAUCGUCUUCUUCGUUUGCUGCUGAUCACGUAUGUGCGUUGUAUGCUGACUCCUUUCGUGUUUCUCGUUGCAGGUUAGCAAUCAGGAGGCAGUGGACAUUGCCCGUCCUCUGUGCGUUGGCGUGGAUAAGCCAGAGACGCUCUCGGCUUGCAAGAAACUCGUCGAUUUGUCACUGACAAGAGGAUCUCUCGAUGACAUUAGCAUUAUGAUUAUCCAAUUGACUCAAUUCAUUCAGUGAGGUAAUUUGGGGUUAGAGAUUCCAUCUUCCCAUCAUAUUUUGACGAUUCUAGGUUCUCUGCUAACAUCUAAGCUCUGAUCAGCCUUGUCUUGUAUGUGCUGGCCAUUUCACCUGCAAGAAGAGAAGGGAUUUUGCCAGCAGCAAGAAAUCAUGAAUUGCAUGAUAGAAUUUGUACAUUUUCAUUCCAUUUUUUUUAAUUCAACAGAUUUGGCUAACAGUAGCCUUUUGAUGAUGUGGUAUACAUGGCCUCUUGGUUUAUAAUUCAAUGUCAACUGAUUAUUAUGAGUUUAAUGAACAGUGUCUUGGAAAAAACAGAGGAUUGCUUGUGAUUUGGUUUAUUUUGUUUUUUAAAUUCUGUAUAUAAUAUGUAAUUGAUUGCAUGGGAUGGUUGAUGAUGAUGGGGAGGGUUGACUGUGUGUUUGAAAACGUGUAAAAUGGUGGGAGGAAAUAGAGUUGAGAUUAGAAGACGAAAUGCAGUAGGUCAUCAUCCAUUGGUCCACAAUUGGUCAGUUGUGGCUGCUGCUUAUUCUUUUUGGUGAAAGGGGCAUUUGCUUGGAAAAUGGACUUCUAAAUUCACACA